GCCAGGCCCCGCCGCGGCUCGGCAUCCUGCUCCCGGUGCUCGGCCCGCGGGGAAGUGAGAGCGGACAGUAAGGGACACUGAAUGGAGGCUGGAGAGACACUUCCCUCCGGUGAAGCGGCGCCAUAUUGCAGUACGGCGGAGAAGCUGUGGCGGGUGCCAUUUUGCAUCUGAACGGGAGAUGAAUAGAGACUCGCUCUUUGUUGCCACCUGGGCGCCGCCAUUUUAGGUUACGGCGGAAUCUCCACCUUCCCUAGCGCAACCUCAUUGGGCGCCGCCAUUUUGGCUGACGAACAGGAAUGCGACCCGCAGGGGUCCUUACCCCUCCCUUCCUCCCUUUAGGUGUCUUCAUAAAAUGCCCGUUGAGAAUCCCCUCUUUUUUCGCCCCGCUCCCAAGAUGGCGUCGAUGCGGGAGAGCGACACUGGCCUGUGGCUGCACAACAAACUGGGUUCCACAGACGAGCUAUGGGCGCCGCCGAGCAUUGCCUCGCUGCUCACGGCUUCGGUGAUCGACAACAUCCGCCUCUGUUUCCACGGGCUCUCCUCUGCCGUCAAGCUCAAGCUACUCCUGGGGAUGCUGCACCUGCCCCGCCGGGCGGUGGAUGAGAUGAAAGGGGCACUGACUGAAAUUGUCCAGCUUGCUACCUUGGAUUCAGACCCUUGGGUCUUAAUGGUAGCUGAUAUUUUAAAAUCCUUUCCAGAUACUGGCUCCCUUAACCUUGAUCUUGAAGAACAGAAUCCCAAUGUUCAAGAUAUUUUAGGAGAACUUAGAGAAAAAGUAAGUGAAUGUGAAACUUCAGCUAUGUUGCCGUUGGAAUGCCAAUACUUAAACAAAAAUGCCUUGACAACACUAGCUGGGCCACUUACUCCCCCAGUGAAACACUUCCAGCUGAAAAGGAAACCUAAAAGUGCCACUCUCAGAGCUGAACUCUUGCAGAAGUCAACAGAAACUGCACAACAGCUCAAGAAGACUGCAGGAGUGCCUUUCCAUGCCAAAGGCAGAGGCCUGGUCAAAAAGAUAGAUACAACAACACCACUCAAAGGAAUUCCAAAACAAGCUCCGUUCAGGAGUACUUCAGCACCCAGUGUAUUUAGUUCUUCUGGAAAUAGAACUCCUAUUCCUCCUUCAAGAACACCUUUGCGCAAAGAAAGAGGAGUAAAGCUUUUAGAUAUCUCUGAGCUGGAUAUGGUGGGUGCUGGCCGUGAAGCUAAGAGAAGAAGAAAGACAUUAGAUACAGAAGUUGUGGAAAAGCAAGCCAAAGAAGAAACGGUAGUAGAAAAUGCUACCCCAGAUUAUGCUGCUGGCCUUGUGUCUACACAGAAACUUGGCUCACUGAACAAUGAGCCUGCACUACCUUCUACAAGUUAUUUACCUGCUACACCCAGUGUGGUGCCAUCGUCCUCGUAUAUCCCAAGCUCUGAAACACAGCCAGCUGGCUCUGCACGAGAGGCCUUGCAGACUACCCGACAGACCGAGGAGCCUACAGCUCCCACUGCUACUACAACUCUUCCUGCACAGUUCAAACAAAGAACACCCAUGUACAAUAGUAACUCAAACCCACCUGCAGCCACACCUACCUCACCUCUAACACCUACCACACCUCCUGCCAUUUCCCCCGCGGCACAGGCACCACAAGUGGCCCCCCAAACUCAGCAACAGCCGCCACCGAAAAAGAGCCUCUCUCUCACAAGGGAGCAAAUGUAUGCUGCACAGGAAAUGUUCAAGACUGCAAACAAAGUUACAAGGCCAGAAAAGGCUCUUAUACUUGGAUUCAUGGCAGGAUCCAGAGAGAAUCCUUGCCAAGAGCAGGGUGACAUCAUCCAAAUUAAACUUAGUGAGCAUACAGAAGAUUUACCAAAGGCAGAUGGCACUGGCAGCACCACUAUGUUGGUUGACACGGUCUUUGAAAUGAACUAUGCUACUGGUGAAUGGACCAGAUUCAAGAAGUACAAACCUAUAACUAAUGUUUCCUAAGAGAUGCAGCAACAGCAGACUGGACCAAAUCAAGCUCAGAGUCAACCAGCUCUUAGAGUAUGUCAACUGUACAAAAUGGCAUUCAUGUGUACAUUUCUUAGUACCUUCCAGAAUAGAAGUUGUGGCUCUUUGACUUAACUGAGCUCAGUGAACACAAAAGAUGGUGUCAAAUCUGCUUUUUCUUUUUUAAUCAUGGGAGAGGGAAAGGUGAUCUGGGGGGUGGGGGGGAAGAUGUUGGUGUGUUUCUAUUUUCCUGCAGUUCAAGAUGCCAGAAAAGAAGAUCACAACUGAAAGAUUACAGAUGGGAGCAGUUUACUUCUGAGUACCAGAAGAGAAGACUACUGCACAGUCAUUCACGGUUUACCACUAAACAGGGGCAGAGAUCUUCAUUGUUAAAAGGUUUUCUUUGGCUACAUGGGUUCUAUUGUAAGAAUGGACAUUAAAGCACCACAGGCUGGUGCUUGAUGGUUUUGUAAUUCAGCUGCAGUAUAACUAAGUAUUGCAGGUGGUAGAUGUCCAGUGUCUAAUGGUACCCACUGUGUUUAGCUUAUUUAUGCUUGGGUGAUAGGAUAAGAUGGAGCAGCUUUGUUAACUCACUGUAUUGUUAGUGUCCAUGCCCAGCAUGAGUUAAUUUAUACCUGACAUUAUUUGAGAUCAGGAGAAACUGAGUGUUGGACCUUUCUGAAGAAAAACAAAACCAAAAUUAAGAAGAAAGUAAUGAGUCUUGUCACUGCCUAGAAAUGAUGGCCCUUUGCUAUGUAAGUACAAGUUGAUCUGUGACUCUUGCAUAGCAAGCUGUUGAACAGCAUCACUUACCUGCAGGGAAGUGAAACUAAGAUCUCAAGACCAGUUGCAGCUUAAUUUAACAAUGGCCCUAGAAAUGGGUGAGUGACACCUAUCUGAACACAGGUGGUUGGAAAGGUUUGUUGUCUAGAGGCAGUGUUAGUUUGUUUGGUUGAGCUUGAGGCCCUGAUACAAACACAUCUGAAUGACUGUAGCUGUGGUUCCUACCAGUGUAGUUAUAUCAGUGUCAUCACUAAUGUGGCCACAAUUAUACUGGCAUAUAAAUGUGCCUUAUACUUGUCCCCUUCUAGUAGAAGCACAUUUUUAUCUUUAUAACUGUGUUCACACCACUGGUAUAAUUUGGCUUUAAUAGGACAAAUAAAGCUUGCUUUUAUUGGGAGA